GUGCCUAUAUGGUUUCUUGUUUUCAUUAGAAUAACAAUUUUUUUUUCUUUUUUUCUUUUUUUUUUACAGUUAGGCCUAGGCCUACAGCUAAGGUGUAUGUGUGCCAUGUGUGCGUAGAAAAGUACAGAUUCUGUAAAGAGAUCGAACCUUCACGAUUUGAUUGGUUAGAAGUUUGCCCAGAACUACGUCAUUUCAUUGCGUUAUCCCUAGAGAGAGAAAGAGAGCUGCUGCCUUAGCGCAGCUAGCUCUGUAGCUAGCUUGUAGCUUGCUUAUCUGGUGACACCAGGUGACGCUCGCGCAAACUAGCAUUCUACACAAGGGGGACAGACAAUUCAGAGCAUUAUCAUGGCUUUUGCAACACAUGCAGGUUCUUCAUUGCCAAGUCUAAAAAAUGUUGCAAGUAAGUCUAUAAUGAAGGCAAAAGAGAUAUCAAAGGUCUUGGAGUACAUCUUUCUUUUGCAAAAACAGUACACAGGUGGUAGGACAAAGCUGAAAGUUUACUUAAAAGAAGAUUUGGUGAUUUCAUCAGUGACAACAAUGUGCUGCACAGUUGAGAUUGAAGGGGAAGGCAAUUGGACACAACACUUUAGUGCAGAACAACUAUUUUCAGGUGAGAUUGAUCCACUGCUGUCUGUUCUGUUGGACACCGUUGGCACAUUUGAAGUUGAUGUAAAAGAUUUUGAUGAGAACAAGAUUAAACAUGCCAACGUUUCAGUAGAAGAUGGUGAUGAUAUGGCCAUUAAGUUUUCAAGAUCCGAUUGUACUGGCAACGAGAAAGAUUUUCACUGUAAAUACCUGAUUGUUGUUUCAAGAGACAAACUGUUGGAAAUGUUGGUGGAAUUGAAAAGCUACAUUCAUGCUGUCUUCUUGCUAAAUAGUUUGCCACCGGUUGAGCUUAUUGUAGAGACAUCACAACAUUCUGAAACUAAAAUAUUUGGAAAUGAUGCUAGGAGCCGGGUUACUAGCAGUGGGAAACGUCUUGUUUCUGAUGCGUGCUACUUUACAAGGUUAGCAGCUGGAGAAAGUGAACACACUCGCCUCUGUUACAAGACUAGCAGCAAGUUCCUUAUCACCUCACCUAUGUUGUCAUCUGAAGACCAAACAUCGCUCAAGUUAUUCGUCACUGUGGCUACGAUUCCUUCUUCACCUAGUCAACAACACACAACAAAAAUGCUGAAUAUCUAUUUCUUUGGUCCAGAUGGACUUCCAUUGGUUCUUCCUGGUGUUUCCCAGUACUGCGUGCUUCCUUUUCAGCUUGCCAAAUGGGAAAAGUUUGGACUUCAUGUUGGACAGCAACUAGAAAGAAAUCACUCAAACCAUGGGCUUGUCUUGCCUGACCAAUCAUAUCACUUACUGCGGACAUCAGAUGCUUCCUGUACAGACGAUUGGCAGACACUUCAACUUAUAUUACUUAUUGAUUUCAACAAUCACCAUAGCAUAAAAGAGAAAAAAGAAAUUUUAGAGGCAGUUCGUUCAAACCUAAGCUCAAUAGUAACCGAGCAAGGAGACAAGUUUAGGAGGGCAACACACAAGGCACUGACUAAACUAUGGGUCAACAAAUCAACAAUGAGAGAUAAGCAAAAGAUAGUUGAACAGGCAGUACCUGUGGCUGUGAAGGCAGUGGGAGUCAUUUUCAAGCAUAGUACAAACGAAGAAUUCAGGAAAAAGUGUUUAUCCAAGUUACAGGUCUGUAAUAGUAGGGAAUUGUCAGCAGAGAUGACUGCGAGGCUGUGGUUUAUUGCUAAUAGAAAGUUUAACGUCGCCCAACCAGCCAAUAGUAAACCUACUAAAUCCAAGACCAGCACACCUUUGCUUACACCAUCAGCCUUCAACAGCCAACACACUGCUAGUCGCCAGUCUAAUAUGAGCAGUGAUACAACAAGUUUUGAAGAGUUUGGUGAUAUAGGACUUCUGGUUUGGGAUGAAUUGAAAGAUCUGGAUAAUAUUGUAUCAGCUGGUUCAAAAACUCCUGAUCAAAAUUCACAGCUUGAAGACAAUGCAUCAGGGAGUUUAACUAAUGAUGAUUGGUUCAGCCAAGCUUUAACGGAUUGUGAUUGGUUAAGUUGCUCAGGCCCUGAAGAAUGAAACACAGAUUGUGAUUGGCUACAUUGAUCAGACCCUGAGAAACAAUAUAAACAAGAAACACAUAAAGUGAUUGGUUAAAUUGCUCAAGCUCUGAGGAAUAAUAACAAGAAACCAUAAUGUGAUUGGCUAAAUUGCCCAGUCUCUCAAAAAUAAUAGCAAGAAAGACAUCAUGUGAUUGGCUAAUUUUCUCAGGAACUGAGGAAUACCAGGGAGUUGUUAUAUAGUGACUAAAAUAUUUAAUAUCCCUGGGAAUAUUAAACAUGACAUUUUUCAGGUCCUAAAUAAACAAAACCAUAUAAUGUAAUUGGCUAAAUUGCUCAAACAUUUUCAGGACAACCGAUCUUGUUAGCAUGUUCAGCUACAAAGGCAGAAAAGUUAAGAAAUAAAGUAACAUUUUGUGUAUUGUUUCAUUUUAUUCAAUCGUCAUAUUUCUGCUUUUAAAAAAUAGCACCGCGAUAUGUAGUUUACAAUUGGCCUAAUUUUCAGAAAAGAAAAUGAAAGCACUGUACCUGUAUACUUUUUUUGUAAAUAGUUUAGAAAUAGCUACUAAAAACCAACAUUAAUAGAAGACCAAUGUUCGUUCACAGUAACUUACAUGUCGGAUGAAUAAAUUUUAAUUAAAAUUUAGAUGCUAAAAUUAACCAUAUUGAUAUUAAACUUCAUGAUUGUUACAGAGAUAAUUAUUCUAAUUUGUCAAAUACCAAUAUGGUUAAUUAGCAUUCUUU